AUGUCGACAGGAUCCAAGCGGAAAAGGGAGCCAGCCGGGAUAUUCUCAGACAAAGACUUGUCUGCGACAUCUGAUGUGUGGAAAGAGUGCUUCGGCAAGGAUGGCAACUUCACGGUCAUCGUGGAAGAGCCCGCGGGUGAAGCUUCCAAGGAUACAGAAGGUCAGACGGCGGCCAAACGCACGGAGUUCAAGGUAUGGUCUUUCCUGCUGGCCCAGUGGUCUCCCGUCUUUGAGACAAUGAUCAGCUCGGACAACUAUUCCGAGUCGAAGGAGUCGCAGGUCGUCAUUGAAGACUUCUCGGCCAACGCUGUUGAGACGUUUCUUCGCUUCUUGUAUUGUGGUAUCGUCGCAGGCUCUGCGGGAGGUCUUGUGGAGGUGUCUGCACUGGCAGACAAGUAUCAGGUGAAGGCGCUGCAUGCGUUGUGCAUGCCACUGAUUCGGGAGGCGCUCACACCCGUAACCGCCUGUGAAAUUUUGGCUUCUGCGCAGCGUUUCCACAUGGAUGACUUGCGAACAGAGGCGCUGGAUGUCAUCCUCGCCGAGCCUAGAGAGGCCUUGCAAAAGCGGCCACCUCUUCGACCGGAGCUUUUGGAGGAGAUUCUGGGCUCAGGCCUGCUGUGCACAGAAGCAGAAGCACUGAGGAACAUCGUCCGAAGCUGGGAAGGGAAGGACUGCGACUCCCUAGCAUCGAUCAUCAACAUCCAGCAUAAAAAUGAGCGCACGGAAGACGUGCUGGGGACACUGUGGAGUCACUACAAAAACGACAAGAAGAAGAGUGUUUUUUUGGGAUAUUGGGUGUCGGUGGUCCUGGGACCCGAGAAGGGCAGAAGCACGACCACAGACCAGCUUCAACAAGUAGCGUCCAAUCAAAUAAAGUAUAGAGUGACAACAGGGUGGCUGCAGUGGCAGCUUCCGCAUGUCUGGGUUCUUCUUCAGGGCUUCAGCUUUGGUAGCACCAUACCGGCCUCGACAGCUUUUCGGAUCCAUGUGAAGUCUGACGAAGACGGGGCGACCUGGCACCUCGCCUACGAGUCGCACGAGAUGCAGAUUGAAGCUGAGACUUUCCUGGCUUGCAAAAGACCUCCGAGCUUGGUGAAUUACUUCAAGCUGGAGGUCCUGAAAGGUGAGCUUCCGCGCGGUUUCUUCAAAAUCCAUGGCAUUAUGCAGAUGGCCCAGGGUGAGUGGGCAGAGGGGCACGCGCUGAGCCUUCAAAGCCAGGAGAAUGUCCUGCGAAUUGUUGCCCCAGAUUUCGGCACAUGCAACCAGUUGUGA